UGCAAUGGAAAUGGUGUAACCCGUACAUAAAUUCACUGAACAUAGUAAAAUAUAUCAUGACUACCGGUAUUUAAAAUUUUUGAUGAGAACUCGCAGCUAAAGAAAAUCCCAGAUUCAUCAACUCAAAAAAAUUGAAUAUUAGGUAACAAUCUAUUUUUUUUUAAUUGUCUUUCUGAAAAGCACUUUAUCUGUUUCAUCGUGAGAUUCAAUUUUUCACUUGAACUACUGCAUAAAAUGGGAACUUUUCUAUCAUAUUCUGAUGAAUUGAGAUGAGCCUCGAGUCAUCACACCAGACUCACUUAUUUUGCAUUAACAAUGCGGAAAUAAAGUAGAAAUAAUUAUUGUUCAAAUUCUACCGAAAAUAACUGGUCUGGUCAGUCAAGACUUGGAUGUUUACACCGUCAACAAUUGAAGGUGACAAAAUGAAACCAACGUUGCCAAGUGUGGCUCCCAGUUUUCCGUGUGACCUCAGCGCUGACGUGGAGGCGAGGCUCAAUGCCGCUUUCAAUGCAAGAGUCCACCACUCACGCUUGUAAUAUUGCCACGCGAAGAAAUAAACCUCAGCGCGUCAUUGCCGUCGGUCAAAAUGACGCACGCACGUGUGUGUAUGUGACGGAGAGAGAAAGAGAGGGGAGAGUCUGGAGCGACUCCACAAAGUUAAGCGGACGACUAUAAAAGAUGUGGUCUCCCCCAAAGAAAACCACUCGAGUUCCAUUAGGCCAGAGAACUUUUUUUUUUUUAAUGGAUGCCAAUUAGCUGCAUUGACAGCUGAUUGUUGAGAAGCAUGUUUUUGAGACUCGCCAUAUGCGUGUUGCUGUCGGCGCUGGUCGUGUACGGCGACGCGCAGCCUCAAACCAUCAGCAGAGCGCUCCUGCCCAGGGAGUACGGAGUCAAGCUAUGCGGCAGGGAGUUCAUACGAGCUGUUAUUUUCACCUGCGGAGGCUCCCGUUGGAAGCGACUCAUCGACGCAGACUAUGAAUCUUUCUAUCGGAGUCCCCGCGGUGACGUCACGAAAAAGAGCCAGCAGCUCACGUCCCACACCCGGAACCUUCUUCCCCGGCGCACAUCCUCCACCUCCUCCGUAUUUUCUCCAACUUCCCUGGCGGACAGCUUAACCCUUCGCGCUGCUUCAAGCAAAAGUGACGAGCGCGACACGUCCAACGUUUUUGGUGCGCUGACUCGAGCACGGUGGCGGAGGCGGAGGCGCUUUUCUCAGGGUGUAGCGGGUGUUUGCUGCAUUGAAGGCUGUACGAAGUAUGAUAUUGGAGGCUUAUGUUGAAAGGUCCCGCGGCGUCGUGUUGUCAUGUAAAUAGCUCGUAACAAAUUUGUUUGGGGUGGGGAAUGUCAGCCUUCCAUAAGAAAGAUAAAUAAAUAUAUUCCGUAAAACAAGAGUUGCGUUUGUGUCCAGACUCAGAAUCGUGUUUGACUGUUCAUCCAAUAAAAAUAAUCGCCUAUGAGUUGAAUUUUGCCUGUAAAGCCACCGAUUUGCUGUUACAGUGCAAAUGACUUUAUUACUUUGGCACCAUAUUGUAGCAAGAAACUAUGUUAAGGUGGAUUGAGGAAUCGGAUUUAGCCCACAAUUGCCCCGCGCCUGGCUAGUGCUUUGCUCUUGUGGCUAUUUUAUAAACUGUCCCUAUCUCCUGCAACUGCAACUAAAAUAAUCGGAACUUUCCCACCAUACUCCUGAGUAUAAAUGUAUUAUUAGACCAUUGAGAUUGUCUCAGAGACAAACCCGACAUCACGAGGUCCUUUUAAUGUGGAUUCUCCCCACAGCGUCUAACCAGACAAGGAGUCCAAAAGAAAUUCACACACUGAUUACAAGACUUGAUCAUUUAUUUAAAGACAGUUGUAAGAAAAAGUAUGUGAACCCUUUGGAAUGACUCACAUUCCUCAAAUAAUUCAUCAAAGUAUAAUAAUUCAUACAGUCUGCCUAAAUUGAUAUCAUGCUAACAAUUAUUGUGUUUUUAUUGGGCACAUGUUUAAAGUGCAGGGUGGGACAAAUAUGUGAACGUGACUUUUAUGAGUGCUAAUCGGAGUCAGGAAACCACCAACUUUGAGUCAAAUCAAAGUGACGAGAUUGGAGGUCUUUGCUAAAGGUGCCCUGCACACUCGGUUUGAGUCAGCAACUAGACUUCCCGUCUACCUUAUAGGAUGGUGUCUACUGAGUAACCUAAAUCAGUGAUUCUGAGAAUGACAAUUAAAAAAAAAAAAAAUUAAAAUAAGCGUGCCAAAUAAAUGACCACGUUUUCAGUACAUUUAAUAAUACCACGGAUGGCUUUUAUUCAAUUUGAAUAGUAAAAAGUCCUUCAAAAAAAUGUUCUCUUCAUUUCUUUGCCACAUACUGACAACAACGUAAAGGUACAUUUAAGAUGAGGAGUCAUCAAAACGGUUUCUGUGAAAUGCCUUCACACUUUUUGGAAAUGUAAACACUUUCAAAAUGUAUACUGUAUUCAACAGAUAAUAUUACUUUGUUUUUAACGACAUGUUGUUGGUCACUCAUGUUUUAGCCCAGUCGGUGGAAAUACAAAAAAAAAAAAGGGGCGGGGACAAUAUACAUGCAUUCAAUAUCAAAAUAUUUUAUAAAACAAAUUUAAAAAAAAUUAAAAAUCAAAUACAUAAUAAG